UCAAUACUUCAAUCUGAAAUUAAUUCUUAACUCUAGAUGAAGGGAUACCGUGGUUAAGAAAAAGAGCAUAUAUUAGUACCUACAGAGGGCACAAGAACAAGUACCAGAACAAUAGGAGCAUCAUGGUUAGGCUAUGGUGCUCUUCUCUCUCAAUUACACUUUUAUUCCAACAGCUCAUCAGAUUGUGCAUUUCUUGGAGUGUGCAAACCCCAACACCCCCAUUGCCAAUCCUCCCUCUCCCAACAUAUUCCCAGUUGAAAUGGCAACAAAGGGAGAUCAUAAUGUUUUUCCAUUUUGGUGUGAACACAUUCAGUGACAGAGAAUGGGGCACUGGCCAGGAAAACCCAGCAAUCUUCAAUCCAACGGGGCUCAACACCACCCAGUGGGCCACUGUGGCAGCAGAUGCAGGAGUUUCAUUGAUGAUAUUAACUGCAAAACACCAUGAUGGCUUCUGCCUCUGGCCUUCCAAGUACACUGACCAUUCUGUCAUUAGCAGCCCCUGGCAAGGUGGCAAGGGUGAUGUUGUUCAAGACUUUGUCAAUGCAGCCACUGCACAAGGAAUUGAUGUAGGGGUCUACCUUUCACCUUGGGAUAGACAUGACCCUAGAUAUGGCAAUGAUUUGCUCUACAACCAAUACUACUCGGCUCAACUACAAGAGUUGCUCAAGAAAUAUCCAAAUGUUAGAGAGAUUUGGUUCGAUGGAGCAAAGGGUGCCAAUGCAAAAAAUAUGACGUAUUACUUUUCAGAUUGGUUUUCCAUGGUGAAGGAGCUGCAGAGUUCCAUCAACAUCUUCUCUGAUGCAGGUCCUGAUGUUAGGUGGGUGGGAGAUGAAACAGGUUCUGCAGGGUAUACAUGUUGGUCUACCAUUAAUCGAACCUCUCUAUCCAUUGGAAGUCCAGACAUCAUUCAGUAUAUAAACACUGGUGAUCCAAAAGGGACAGAUUGGCUACCGGCGGAAUGUGAUGUAUCCAUUCGAAAAGGAUGGUUUUGGCACAAAUCAGAAUCACCAAAAAAGCUAAGCGAGCUACUUGACAUUUAUUACAAUUCGGUUGGGAGAAAUUGUGUGUUACUUCUCAAUGUGCCUCCUAAUACAAGUGGCCUUAUAACUGAAGUUGAUGCCAAUAGAUUGAAAGAGUUUAGAAGUGCAAUCAACACAAUUUUCCAUCAGAAUCUUGCUGAGGAUUGUUUUGUUAAAGUUAGUAGCCAAAGAGGGGGUUUCGGGCCAGAAAAGAUGCUAGACAGUGACCACUUGUGGUCGUACUGGGCCCCAAGGGACGAUGAUGAUGAAAAGGACCAUUGGGUUGAAAUUUGGGCCAAGGAAGGGAGAUUGAGAUUCAAUGUGGUUAGAAUACAAGAGGCAAUUGGUCUUGGUCAAAGGAUCAAACGGCAUGAAAUCUAUGUGGAUGGUAAAUUGAUCAUCAAAGCCACAACGGUUGGUUAUAAGAGGCUUCAUAGGCUUGAUGGGGGUGAAGUGCACGCUCGUGGUGUGAGGAUAAGAAUUAGAAAGGCAAGAGGAGUGCCUCUUAUCUCUUCUAUUGGCUUGCAUUAUGAUCCUUUCUGGCACUCAAAGUUUACUGUAUCCUGAAGAGUUAAGUAAGUUUAGGUAAAGGAGCAUAACUGCAAUAAAUUAAGUAGAGCCUUAAGAAGAAUAUUGAAAUAUUGUUCUAUCAGUAAAGAACAAAAAAUAAAUUUACUUUAAAUUUCUACAUCCUAUGUGUUCAUAUUGUUUUAUCUUAACGAGGAACUAAUUAAAUAUUGGAAAAUUUACAUGCUUGGA